AUCCCUCCAACCACUGGGGGACCCCUCCCCAAUGUUACAGAUGAAGAAACUAAGGCUCAGGGUGGCUCUUUGGCUUGUCCAAGUUGGGAUGGAGCAUUGCUAUGGCAACAAAAGAAAAUAUCACUUCAGAGAGAGGAAUGUUAAAGUCAAUUCACAGCAAAAUGAACACUUUGGCCAUGUUUUUGUAUCCUGUUGAGGAAUCUUUGCCUACCCCGAAGGCCAUGAAGAUAUUCUCCAAUGUUUUCUUCUAGAAGCUGUAUUGUUUUGCUUUUCAGUUUAGAACUAUAAUCAUUUUACAAUUGAUUUCCAUGUGCGAUUUGAGCCAGGGGUCAAGAUUCAUUUUUCCAUGUGGAUAUGCAGGUGAUUGGGCACCAUUUGAAAAAUCCAUCCUUUCCUCACUGCACUGGAGUGUCAAUUUGGGUAUGAAUCAAGCAACUCUAUACAUGUGGGUCUUUUUCUGGAUGCUUCAUUAUUUUCCAUUAGUCUGUUUUUUACCCUGAGUCAAUACCAGUCUAUCUUAUCAUAAUUUUAUAAUAAGUCCUGAUAUCUGGUAGUAUAGGUCUCACAGAUUUGUUCUUACUCAAAGUUGUCUUGGCUCUUCUUGGUCCUUCACAUUUUUAUAUAAAUUGCAGAAUCAGUUAGUCAGCUUCCAAGAAAAAUGUGCUGGAUUUUGAUUGGGAUUAUACUGAAUAUAUGGAUCAAUUGGAAGAGAAUUAACAUGUUUACAAUAUUGAAUCUUCUAAUCUGUGUCCAUGGUAUUUCCCUCCCUCCAUUUAUUUAGGCCACUUGCUGGCAGAUCCUGAUGUCUGUCUGAUCAGUGUCCAUAUGCCCAUUCUCUUUCUAUCCUCCCUGUCAUUGGGGACAUUGAUCAGGAUAUAAAACUGUGGGCUUACACCUUACACUCAUUAGGAUGUCUACUGUCAACAAAACAAAGUAAAAAGUGCUGGUGAGAACGUGGAGAAAUCGGAACCUUGAUGCACUGUUGGUUGGAAUAUAAAAUGGUGCAGCCGCUAUGGGAAAUGGUAUGGUGCUUCCUCAAAAAAUUAAAAGUAGCAUUACCGAGUUGCCCUUCACCUUUGCAGCCACCGCCAUCUCCUCUGAUCUGCGAAAGUCAUGUUACCCAACACCGGGCAGCUAGCAGGAUGUACAGUUUUUAUCACAGGUGCAAGCCAUGCAUUGGCAAAGCUAUUGCAUUGAAAGCAGCAAAGGAUGGAGCAAAUAUUGUCAUUGCUGUGAAGACUACCCAUGCACACCCAAAACUUCCAGGCACAAUCUAUACUGCUGCUGAAGAAAUCGAAGCAGCUGGAGGAAAGGCCUUGCCAUGUGUUGUUGAUGUGAGAGAUGAACAGCAAAUCAGUAAUGCAGUGGAGAAAGCAAGUGGUGUAUAUACCCGAAUUGAUGUUUUGGUGAAUAAUGCCAAUGCUAUUAGCUUGACCAACACAUUGGAAACACCUACAAAGAGAGUGGAUUUGAUGAUGAAUGUGAACACCAGAGGCACCUACCUUACAUCUAAAGCAUGUAUUCCUUAUUUGAAAAAGAGUAAAAUUGCUCAUAUCCUCAAUCUCAGCCCACCAUUGAACCUAAACCCACUGUGGUUCAAACAGCACUGUGCUUACACAGUUGCUAAGUAUGGUAUGUCUAUGUGUGUGCUUGGAAUGGCAGAAGAAUUUAAAGGCGAAAUUGCAGUCAAUGCAUUAUGGCCUAAAACAGCCAUACACACUGCUGUUAUGGAUAUGCUGGGUGGAUCUGGUAUUGAAAGCCAAUGUAGAAAAGUUGAUAUCAUUGCAGAUGCUGCAUAUUCCAUUUUCAAAAAGCCAAAAAGUUUUACUGGCAACUUUAUUAUUGAUGAAAAUAUCUUAAAAGAAGAAGGAAUAAAAAAUUUUGACGUUUAUGCAGUUAAACCAGGCCAUCCUUUGAUACCAGAAUUCUUCUUAGAUGAACACCCAGAUACAGUUAUGAAGAAAGUAGAAUCACAUGAAUUCAAAGAAGAGAAACCACAGCCGCAACCAAAACCACGUUCUGGAGCCAUGGAAGAAACAUUUAGAAUUGUUAAGGACUCUCUUAGUGAAGAUAUUGUGAAAGCCACUCAAGCAGUCUAUCAGUCUGAGCUCUCAGGAGAAGAUGGUGGCACGUGGUUUCUUGAUCUGAAAAACAAAGGCGGGAAUGUUGGGUCCGGAGAGCCCUCUGAUCAGGCAGAUGUGGUGAUGAGUAUGUCUACUGAUGAUUUUGUAAAAAUGUUUUCAGGGAAACUAAAACCAUCAAUGGCAUUCAUGUCAGGAAGAUUGACGAUUAAAGGAAACAUGGCCCUAGCAAUCAAACUGGAGAAGCUAAUGAAUCAGAUGAAUGCCAGACUGUGAAGGCAAGAAAAGAAAAUGUUUACUGCUGUGCUCAAAAAGUAAAAAACUCAACAGUUAAAGUCUUAUGUUUGUUUUCUUCACUAGUGUAUCAAGGAUAUGUAUGUUUGUUUUGGAAAAAAAGUAGAAUUUCUAUAUCAUAAGACUUGAAAAUGUAAUUAAAACAGCUAGCUUAUUAAACAUAAGCUUCAUUAAGUGGAAUUCUAACACAUUCUGUUUUUUAUAGUUCAGGGGUUUUGCCCUCUGAGCCUUAUAUCUCACUUGCUGUCUUUCAAGAAGAGUAUUAUGAGCAACCAAUCAGGGUCAAGCAAUAAAAUCAGCUCUUUUCAAAGCUUAUUCUCAUGUAAAAUGAAGCUAGUCUGUUUUUAAAUUUUUAGUUAUAGAUUGUAUAAUAAUGAAAACUUUAAUAAUGUUUUGGAUUUUUAUAUGCUU